AUGGCUGAUUGGUCUACCUUACCGGAGGAGCUCCUGUUCUUGAUUGCUAUUCGAUUGUUUUCUGUUGUAGAACUCAAACGUUUCCGAAGCAUAUGCACAUCUUGGCGCUCCUCCGUUCUGGGCAACAACGAUCUUUUCCCAAACCGCCCUCUCAUCUUCCUCAAUCAACUCCGAGGAAUCUUUCCCACACAGUGGUGCCCUGUCAACUCCCCUUUCAACGCAUUUCUCUCACGUGCCGCCUUUUUUUGCGUCACUCUCUCCUCCUCCUCGAGCCAGGGCUGGCUUAUCAAAUCUGAUGUGGACAUCAACUCCGGGAAAUUUCGGCUCAUCGAUCCGCUAUCGGGCCUUGCAAUGCGACAUUUGUGUGAGAGACUCGAUCUUUUGGAGUUCACUAUAUCAGAGAUUCGAGAAGCCUACCAGGUUCUUGACUGGGACACAAGAAGAAAAACAAGUGAUAGAUUCAAAAGAGUAAUUCUUGUUAAAGACAAGAGAGGAGAUCAGCGGGUUCUUGGAAUCUGCAGCAACGGGAAUAUUAAGUACUGGAAAAGAAGUCAAUGGAAAGUUAAACAAUUUGCUUAUCGGUUCUCUGACGUUAUAGUUCACAAAGGGCUAACUUAUGCAUUGGAUUCAACAGGCACUGUUUUGUGGGUUAGUUCUAAACUUAAAAUCUACAGGUAUGGACCUCCACUUGGUGAUAACAUCACAAAUGGAUGUUCCGGAGAGAGGAGUUUUGUGGAGUGCGGUGGAGAGCUUUACAUUGUGGACCGCCUCUUUGGAGAGAUUUUUCGAAAGAGAAAAGGUAAUGCAAAUUUUGUUUCUGUGGAAACGGUCGGUUUCAAGAUUUAUAAGUUUGAGGAGGAAUUAGGAAAAAUGAUUGAGGUGGAGUCCUUGGGUGAAAAUGCAUUUGUGAUUGCUACCGAUACGUGUUUCUCAGUUUUGGCUUGUGAGUAUUAUGGAUGUCUCCAAAACUCUAUUUACUUCAAAGAUGCCGAGGAAGAUCAGAUGAAGGUGUUUAAGCUAGAGAAUGGUAGCAUCACAACAAUGUCCCAACCUUCUCAGAGUUGUUUUCAAAUGUUUGUUCCUAGCUUUCUCUAA